GUCUAGUUCUCAACCGGAACCAUGAACAAGAUCAUCAUCCUGGCACUUUUCGCUGUGGCCGCGACCAACGCCAUGCCCAACUACCCGAAACCAGCAUACCACGCACCAGCACCGGCCCCAGCUCACCAUGCUCCAGCUCCAGCCUACCACGCUCCAGCCCCGGCUCAUCAUGCUCCAGCUCCGGCCUACCACGCACCAGCUCCAGCCCACCAUGCCCCAGCACCUCACUACGGACACGGACACGCUGCCCCCGCUCCAGUAGUUCACACCUACGCUGUGCACGCCCCACACGCCAAGUGCGGUGCCAACCUGCUGGUCGGAUGCGCUCCCAGCGUUGCCCACGUUCCAUGCUCUCCAGCGCACGGCCAUGGUGGAUACGGACACGGACACGGAGGACACGGUGGACACGGAUACGGACACGCUGCCCCAGCCCCAGCUCACCACUACCGCGCACCGGAAUCCGAUGCCUUCGAUCAGUUCGAGGAAUAGACGGUUCGUCAAGUUGAGAUUAAGACUGAGAAAUUAUUGGACAGAAGUGAGCAAACGCGAUUGAAUGAAUUAGUGAUUGCAUGCUGUUACGUACAAGUGGAAAAAAGAUGUUUUUAAUCUAGACAGUUGA